UACGAAUCAUUCGAUUAAUCCGGCUUUGUAUACACUUUACAUUCCCAUCUGUAUGCCUUGCGUACGAUCUCAUCUUUUCAAAUUUUCCAUGAAUGUUUCGAUAGUCUUCCCUCGGCUAUUGGUAAUGCAAACACUCUUCCUUAAUUCAAAGUCCACAAGAUGGUAUUCACUUGUGAGCUUUAAUUUUAGCUGAGAAUAGAAAUGUGGGAAGUUACAGGACGUUCGCAACUGGCGUAGAACAUCCGACUUAACAUCUCCUAUGAAUAAAGUAAGAUAAAAUUGAUUUAGCUCGGUGGUGAUGCGGGGAUGUGGAUCUGUUUCGAUGCUAUAGGAAGCCGAGAAGGCUGGCAAGCUUCUACUUUAUUCUUCAUGUUUGUCUAUUGGAUAUGUUUCGGCAUUGAUGGAAGCUUAACGAACGCGAUCGCAUCCAAUGUCCCUCACAAUACUGUUACAUCAGAAGUAUCGCUAACAGUUCCGACACACCAUGAAGAUGACGAAUGUAGGAAUGUGACCACUGAUAAUAGAGCUACUACCGGUCUGUCAGUGGUUGGGCAGGGAUCUGGUUCUCCUCAUUCGCCGAUAGUGCCUCCAACUUUUCUGUACGGAGUUCUUACCUGCCAACCGUAUCAAGGAAUUUCUGUGAACCACAUCUACUUUCAAUUAGCGAACGCCUUUUUCCUAUUGUCACACCUUGCACCAAGUGGCAUACACGGUGUACUUUAUUUAAGGUGCACUCUACUCGUGGGUUGUGCCUUUCUUGCUUUGUGGGGCUGGACAAUAGCUUGCUGGCUGGACGCUGCUCUUUGGAAUGCUCUGUUUGUUGCCAUCAACUUCGUCCAUGUAUGCACGCUUCUUUACAAGCUCAGGCCUAUCAAGUUCUCAAGAGAAGUCGAAGAGGUAUAUAUUGCAGUGUUCCAGCCGUUAAGAGUGUCGCGGCAUCAAUUCAAAAAAGUAUUAAAUUGUAUGAAAGUCAUUCGACAGUUAAAGUAUCAAGAAGUUUAUGCCCAAGAGAAAGUGACCAAAGUUGAUUCUUUAUCUUUGGUACUGUCCGGAAAAUUAGUAGUCUCGCAAAAUGGAAGAGCAUUGCACAUUGUCUUCCCACAUCAGUUCCUGGAUUCUCCAGAAUGGUUUGGUGUUUCUACAGAUGAAUACUUUCAGGUGUCAAUAACAGCUAUGGAAGAGUCAAGGAUAUUAUUAUGGCAUAGGGACAAAUUAAAAUUAAGCAUAAUUAGUGAUCAAUUUCUGCAGGCAGUGUUUGAUCACGUUUUGGGACGAGACGUAGUUAAAAAAUUGAUGCAGGUUAGUGAAACGAUGGCUGCUAGCAGUCAUCAACAACAGAAUGGACAAGUAAUCGGUUUAAGUGGUAUCGGAGCCUUAGAGAACGAUCCUGACACCAAACUCUUUGUUGUGAAAAAGACUGGUGAUAGUCAAGGUAUUACUGCUCUCAUCAGCCGUCAGCUUCAAGAAGAGAGAAUGCCGCUGCUGUACACGACUCAGGAAGUGCUGAACAACACUUUGCAUCAUAUUAAUCACCCACGUACACUUCCCCUGCAUCCCGUGCAACACAACAAUGUUCAGUCCUCCUUAUAAUAAUAUAUCAUCCCUGCGACACAAACAAGUGCAGUUACUUAGCACAAAUUUGUACGUGAUACAUGUUAUAUUUCUCCAAUGGAUAUCCGUUUAUUUUCUUCUGGUUAUUGCAUUCAGCAGCGGGAGACCCGAACGCGUGGAGAUUGGGAAGAAUCGAAGAGACUGAUCACGAAACACCCGUUUAAUGAAACGAAUCUCAAAACGAAUGUCAUCCUCGACAGUCAAUAUAAAGUAAACCACCGGUCUUUUUACAUAACACGAUCGAGUAUACUCGUCGUUACGGAAAACUGUAUGGCAUGGUGUGCUGUGCGUGGAACAAUUGAACAUUCUCUUGCCAAUUAAUCAUUUCUCCCACUAGUCAAGUAACAACGGAAGGCAAAACGAAGAUUUCAACAACGUUUGUAUAGGAUAAUGGUCCUCUAUUCUAGUUUAUACAUACAAAGUGAUAUUACGACUUAAAUAUUACUUUAUGCUUCCAAUAUUAUUAUUAUUAUUGUUAUUAUUCUCGUCACCAACUGAAACUGAUUUAAACGUGGCUGAUUUCCUUCGACGAGCGCGUACUGCGUUUAGCGGGCGUCAGACGAACAAGACUAUGAGUACUCAAAGGUGUAACAGAAUGCAAGUUGUUCGAUCGCAGCGGCGUAACUUCUUUAAACGAGAGGAUCUGUGAUUCAUUGGAACCGGUGAAGAACAAAAUUUAGGGGGAGGCCUAAACACCUUGAUCGUUUCCCGUAUCCAGAUAGUGCCUUUUUACUUGCAUUUCAUUUAUUCAUUCUUUGAGAGGAAAUACAUGUAUGUACAGUACCAUUGCGUGUGCAUGUAUACUGAUUUACACGUUCAUUCAGUGUAUUUUAACGAUGUUGCUGACGGAACUCUCUAGUCACCAUCGUUUCUUUAAAAUGGGACCAUUUUUAACUGGUCUUACGUUCGAUCAUGUUCAGAAGACAAUGUCUAGACCAAGUCCAAGAUAAUUUCAUUCGAUCAAAUCGCAUUCCAAUGAACAUUCGCAAUUUUAGUUGUUAAAUCGAAUGUUAAACCUUUGUUAUCAACAGAUUCCGUCAGCAAUUAAUGAUUUCUACAGUCGGAGCUAUCGGACGAUAGACUCCGGGUAUUAUUGCGCGAAUCAUAUCAUAAAUACUACCACUAGAUAAAUGGCGUUCAGAUUAGAGAUGCAGGAAGUUACGCCAGAAAGAGCUGGAUGAUAAUACAAUUGUAACGUGAGCUAUAUUAAGAAAAUAUUUAUAUUGAUAUACAAUUGCCGAUAGGAGAAUAAAUGCAUAUAUUAACAUUUAAUGUUUAAUAUAAUAAAAUUAUCGGAAAUUGUUACAAUAAUAUAACUACACGAUUAUUAUUUUUUUAUUUAUAAUCGAGAAUUGGAUUAACUUGACGUAUAAUUUACGGACUAUCGUCGAUUGUUGUGAACUGAAAACGAGUCAAAAUGAAUACGCACAGAGUAACGCGAAGCGAGGACUCUCCGAGGAAUGACCAUAACGAACGUUAUCAGAAAAAAUGUAAGCCGGCGAAAAUUUAAAGUAAAAAUCUCAGGUUUCGUUGAUUGGAUACAGUUUUCGAGAAGAUACGAGAAAAUUUGUAAAGACAAUUUUGUCUAGUCCUUAGCGAAAUGCGUUCAAAUGAAUUUAAAACAUUGCUAAUCGAAUUCAUGCCCAGUUAAGAUUUACAUACAUACUUUAAGAAGACUUUUUAUAUGUAAAAAUCAUAGAGUUCUUGAGCAUAUUCUAUUCGAGAUAUUAUAACUAGUUUAAACGUUAAACGGAUAAUAAUUGUCUAUCGUACAUGUGAAAUACAUCCUUAACAAUUAUUUGUUUAGGCAACAAAUAUACAUGUUAUAUGUACGCGUAUUCGUUUGGUAAAAUCAAACCGUUCUUUUUUUACGCGACGUCAAAUCGAAUUAUACAGGGUGUUCCAGAAAGAGUAUGAUUCUAUAAGUGUUUCUGAACAACAAUUUCCUUUGCCAGAAUGCAAAGUGGUUUUUGAAUUAUAAACGAAUAACACUGACCAACCUGAGCGGACCCGCGGCCAGCCACGAAUAGGUUAGUUCGGAUCGUGGUACUUGGCCGUGGCUUUGCAUUUUGGUAAAAGAAAUUAUUGUUCAUAAACACUUACUGAAUCGUCUCUCUUCAGCUCUAACACUUUAUGUGGAACACCCUGUAUAUACAACUUAACGAUUUACUUUUAAUACUAUUCAUGUAUGUAUGAGAAAGUGUAAGUGUUUUAUUUUAAUGAAUGUAAAUUAUUAUUCGUUAAUCAUCUCUGUUGUUUAUUGUUUCGUACUGUUAUUACACGAGUAGACCUUUUUUAGCGCAUAACAGGUAGCUAGGUAUUAUGAAUGAAAUGAACAAAUUUGAACGGCGCAUUGAAUACAAUAAUGAAAAAUUUAACGAUGGAAGAAAUAAAGGAAGUUAGUUUUAGAAAAGAA